AAGCAAACCAUGACAAAUCCAGGAGGGAAGAGAGGAAAAUAAGUGACCAAGAGCAACAGUAACAAAAAAAAUUUCCCAAAUUACUCUGGGCUAAAAUCAAGGCACACAUUGCAUGGGGUGGGGGGCAGAUCACGUGGUAGGACAAUUUCGCCCGACACGCCACCAAUAAACUUAAAUUAAAUUCUUAUACUGAUGACAAAUUCUGACAGUUUGUAGUUGAUUUAUUGAGUUUGAUGAGGUAACCCAGAUGUUUUUUGGGGGUGGGAUAGCUUUAAAAGUCAACUGAUUGAUUCGGGCUCGGCCGAUGACGUUGGGCCGAGGGAGAAGACGCCAUAUUGGAAUCGGGCAGACAAAAAAAGCGAAUAAACAUAAGCAGAGUCGGAGAGAAAUCGUCGCCAUCGAGGGUGGAAGUGAAUAUGCGCACAACCUUUUUAUGGAAAAGGAUUUAUGUGAAAAGUAUUGUCUAAUAACUCAGUGCAAGUGACUGCUUGACUUUUUAAGACUCAUACGAGUGCUUGCCUUGAUUGCAACAAAGGACUCGUAUAUAUUGAGCAGACUUUAUUAUCUCUUCAUUUGAAGAGGUUUAAACUAUUACAGUUUCUGUAUGAACCUUGGGCUAUAAACUGAAACUGCAAAUAAACAUAUAUAAAUACAAUGACCACAGCUAGGACGGAAAAUCCCGUUAUUAUGGGUUUGUCUACUCAGAAUGGGCAGUUGAGAGGCCCGCUGAAACCCAGUGCAGGCCCAGGAGGGAUGCCGUCGCCACAAGUCUCUCAGACCAACCAACAGCUCCAGCAGCUAAAAAAUGCCAGCACGCUUAAUGGCACUCAGCAGCAAGCACAUACAACCAGCAGUACUAUUAAACCAGGUGAUGACUGGAAGAAAAGUUUAAAAUUACCUCCAAAAGACAGGAGGAUGAAAACUUCGGAUGUAACGGCCACAAAAGGAAAUGAAUUUGAAGAUUACUGCUUGAAACGCGAGUUGCUAAUGGGCAUUUUUGAAAUGGGCUGGGAGAAGCCAUCACCAAUCCAGGAAGAGAGUAUUCCUAUUGCAUUGUCUGGUAGAGAUAUAUUGGCCCGAGCCAAAAACGGGACAGGUAAAAGUGGAGCCUACCUCAUUCCAUUACUUGAACGGCUGGACCUGAAAAGAGAUUGUAUUCAAGCUAUGGUAAUUGUGCCUACCCGAGAGCUGGCACUGCAAGUCAGUCAAAUCUGUAUCCAAGUCAGCAAGCACAUGGGUGGUGUGAAAGUGAUGGCUACCACAGGAGGAACCAAUCUCCGCGAUGAUAUCUUGAGGCUCGAUGAGACAGUUCAUGUGGUGAUUGCAACGCCUGGAAGAAUCCUGGAUUUGAUUAAAAAAGGCUUGGCUAAAGUAGACAACAUACAGAUGAUUGUAUUAGAUGAGGCAGAUAAAUUGCUGUCACAGGAUUUUGUGCAGAUGAUGGAGGACAUAAUCUCUACGUUACCGAGAACCAGACAGAUCUUGCUUUACUCAGCCACGUUCCCACUCAGUGUACAGAAAUUUAUGAAUUCACAUUUGCAGAAACCAUAUGAAAUUAACCUGAUGGAAGAGCUGACGCUGAAAGGAGUAACCCAGUACUAUGCCUAUGUUACAGAACGGCAGAAAGUGCACUGUCUCAAUACACUCUUCUCUAGGCUUCAGAUUAACCAGUCAAUUAUAUUUUGCAACUCCUCCCAACGAGUGGAGCUGCUGGCUAAGAAAAUCUCCCAGCUGGGUUACUCCUGUUUCUACAUUCAUGCUAAAAUGAGGCAGGAGCAUCGGAAUCGUGUGUUCCAUGAUUUUAGAAAUGGCAUGUGUCGCAAUUUGGUUUGCACUGAUCUGUUCACUCGUGGUAUUGAUAUCCAAGCUGUGAAUGUUGUAAUAAACUUUGAUUUCCCAAAGAUUGCAGAGACCUAUCUACAUCGAAUUGGCAGAUCAGGACGGUUUGGCCAUCUGGGGCUGGCAAUCAACCUCAUCACAUACGAUGAUCGUUUUAAUCUAAAGGCCAUUGAGGAGCAACUCGGAACAGAGAUCAAGCCCAUCCCUGGGAGCAUUGACAAGAGUCUGUACGUUGCAGAGUACCACAGUGAGCCAGAUGGGGAGGAUAAACAGUAAUGCUGCAAACAAGUUGGCACCGAUCACGGAAUACAGAAACUGAGAAUAUUUUUUGGCCUGGUCUGGAACACAUCAUUUCUUGGGAUACCCUUCUCUUUUAUUUGUCUAAGACAACAUCAUUAUUUUCCUUCAUUUGAUGACACAAAGUGUAGUUCCCAGAUUUUUGUGAAGGACCAUUUCUUCCUGAGCUCAAUGGUUUGCACUGUGUGCAGGGAGUGGACAACUAUUGCACUAACUGGCACGGGGGUUCUAGACUAAGCAGCACUGAAGAGCUGAACUGAGCAGCGAACAGCACACUUUGACUCCUCCUCUUCUUCUUUCCCCCUCCAUUUUAUCUUUUUUGUUUUUGCUGAAGCCACUGACCAGGAUAUUCAUCUGAUGGCUUCUCAACUUCUCCCAGUACAUGUACUCAUCAGUCUUAGGCUACCAAGUUUUUAUGGUAUUUGUAUAAAGUGCCUUACGGUGAUGCAGGACCAUAUGAAUACCAUCCCUAGAUUAUAGCCAUCUGUCAUUUAUUUGUCUGGGUUGGGAGGGAGGUUUAUGUUACAUUAACUUCAUUUGUUUCCAUUGGUGAGUGUUAAGUGGAAUGUAUUUGGUGGGGGGUGGGUGGGGUCAAAGAAGAGAAGACAAUUCUGCAAGGUUUUAGAUAUUUUAAUUUACAAAGGGGACUAUUUUUCUUGGAGAAGUUGAGCUGGAACUCCAGAUGAGAUGUCAUCUUGAUGUAUAUAUGUUAAAUAUGUUGGGGCUAAUUUUGUUGACUUUGCGCUCAGAAGGAAAGCUUUGCAUUGUGCAUUUUUAAAUUUUUUUUUUGGCGGUUGGCCAGACAACUCCAAGCAUGACCCUAGCAGAACACUAAAGAACCCCCAUCCUCCAUCCGUCCCAUUCUCUUCUUUCUCCUCUUUCCCUCCUCUCCUCACCCCCCCCCCCCCCCACCAAAGUGGGGGGGGGGGGGG